AAGGGACAUUUUGGGCAGAGAAGCGCUGGGAUUUGGAAGAUAUAAAAGCGUAUCCGUGAUGACUUGAGUUUCUUAAUUAUCUUUUCCAUGUAUAGAACAUCAGGGGAAGUCGUCAUAGGAAGUGAGCAAUCAGUAUCGGAAUGUGGUUUUUGUAAUAUUACCGGAGGCUUCAGCAGCCCCCCCCCCCCCCCAGUCGUUCAGCACGGCUAGGGUUAACAGGGCUGUAUCCCCCCUCCUCCUUCCUUACUAUCUCCACCCUCCCCCUUUACUCUCAGUAUUAUUCCUAGCAGUAACCUCACCCACCACCCUCUCUCUCCUUCUGUCUGGGAAUCAAUUUCUUCUUUCCGCACACCCUUCCUUCCCUGCUUCAUUUAAAGGGGAGUUUUCAGCACAUUUCCUUUAGAAAUUUUUGUAUUUUUUCACAUUUUUUAAAACAAUUCUUCCAAAAAUAAAACUUGGAGUAAUACCGCUGACCCGGACGGAGACCGUGCUGUGAUUUUUGGGAAGGAUGUUCAGCUUUCAUCCGCGAUGAAAAAGGAGACGCUGCUGACGGAGUCACCCUGGGGUCUCUUUCCGGGGAAAUUAAGUGAAGAAUGAUCCUACGGAUAUAGCGGAGCGACAACGAGGGUUUGGAAGCUUUUGGAUCCUGCGGCAGAGGUGAACAGCUUGGAAGCGGAGCAUCCAACUACAACUAGUUUAGUUUUCUCCUUCCGCCAUGCCUCCUUGGCAAAUAUUUAUUAUGGUGUCUGAAAAAUAGCUGAAAAAUUUGAGUCUACGUCCAAGCACAACACUUGGAUCCAUCAAUACAAAAAUGAUGGAGGUCCCAGACUGGAAGGUCCAUCUUCUAGAAAGAAAAAGAAAAGAAGAAGAAGAGACGAAAAGGAGAGAUAGGGAGGAAGAGGAACGACUUGCCAAGAUGCCUCCCUGGAAGAGGGAGAUCAUUCUGCGAAGGAAGGCCAAGGCCGGGGCCUCUAUAUCAGAGAACAAAAUUGAGAGUGAAGGAGGAGAACAAGAGGAAAAAGUAGUUGAUGGUGAAGAAGAAGAGGAAAGAGAGAGCCGGGUCUUGAGAGAAAAUAUUGGACCAGUUCAAAAAAAUCCAUUUAUCCAACAGGAGAAGCAAAGACGGAUGCCAGAAUAUUCCUGCAUUAGACCAAAGUCUACCACCGAGCAAACGGUCCAACGCAUUCCAAAGGUAGAUGACCUAGUCAGAGAAACAAGUCUACCAAAUGAGGUGAAGGAGCAAGAUGCUCCAUUAGAGGUGCAACAGUCUUCCUCCACUGAUGUUAAAGGAAGGGUGAGCAGACUGCUUAGCCGAUUUGGAGGUUCAAGGUCAGAAGACGAUGGUAGUGACCCGUGUUUACAACGGGUAAAUGGAGAAGGGGAAACCAAAACUGUAUUGCCCAUUUCUCUUGUAGUAACGCAGCCUGAAAUUCAGGCCUCAAGUAUUGCAAACCCCACUCCGCCUUCUCCUUCCUGCCUUCUUGCUACCACGGGAAGCCAGACUGUAACUCAGGAAACCACUCUCUACUCCUACGUCACUUCUUCCUCUUCCUGUGUUGACUCUGAGCUUUCAACUUGUGCGGCCCCUACAGCCAUGAGUGGGUUCAACACCAGGAAAAGCAUGACGGAAGAAGUUAGGCCUUUUCCUUUCCAGCUGCGUCCAGCAUCUCCAGCCAGACAGUUAAGGCAGACUACCCAGGUUUCUCCAGUCUCGUCAAAGCCUGAAACCUUCAAAGUUAAUGCUGGAAAAGCAGAAGAAGAUGGGGAAACUGGGUUCAGUCCUUCCAAAGUCACUGGUAAUAUCCAGACCAUCAAAAGAGUAGCAGGAGACAGUCAAGCUGUGCAAAGAAGGAAAGGCAAUACAAUUACAGUCAACCCACGAAAAGUGGCCGUCUGCGAGAAUGGGUAUGCUUCCACAGAGACUAAGUCCCCAGUCAACAAGCCUGAGUCUGGCAAGAAACGUUACCCAACAGCAGAAGAGAUCAAAGUAACUGGGGGCUACUUGAUUUUGCCUAAGUCCUGUCUAGCCAAACACAGUCGGGACAAGAAGAAGAUGAACAUCUCCUUUCCAGAAUCGGAUCUAGAGAGCACCUUCGAGUAUCCAUCAGAGAGCUCUAUGUUGGCAGAAUACGGUCCAGCAGAUGAGCCAGAGGUUCAAGUCCCUCCACUUGCUCAGCCCGAAGAUGACGAAGAGGAAGAAAGUGCCCUGUUGGCGGGCAUCUUGAGAAGGAAAGCUCUCAUAGUUGAUGAAUCCUGCAAACGUUGAGAAGAGGUCACAACGCGUUUUGGGUACUGAGCACCAUGCACCUGUGGAUCCUGGUAUUUGAGUACCAGUGAAAUUAGCCAUGUUUACCAAUGAGACAAGCACAUGCAAACAGUCUAACAGUGGGGGGGGAAAACUGCCGUUACCGUCAAAGUCAAGAGGUAGCCCUGAUCUACGAAGAGUUGCUGCUGUAGGUCAAUCGAAAUUUAAAAUGGAGGUCAUGGUGUUGUGGCUACCAUUUAAACCAUUGACUAUUCCAGUGAAGGCCACAACCAUUGAUCAUGGAACUAAGAGCGGCUCGUUCGUCUACAGUUACCAAACCAUUAUUUAUUGGUGAAACGAUCCAAAUCCCCUUCAACAGUCGAUGAGUAACAAUGACCUGUUCUUAGAAUAUAUAUAUAUUAGCGGUGAGACUAGUUUUAGCCAUAUAUUAGUAUCAUAAUGUAUUUAAUUAGUUAAUCGUGACAAUGUAUAGGCCCACUUCAUUUAGGUUUAGGACAGAAUUCACUUUACCAGUUGUCCUAAUUAGUCACAUGUUAAAAAUGCUGUACAGAAUUAGAAAAAUAUGGCUGCUGUCUUCCAAAAAUGGCUCCACACCUGUCCACGGGUUGUGUCUUCCACUGACAUGAAUGGGACUGAGCUGCAAUUCCACACAACCUGUGAACAGGCGUGUCGCGCUGUAUUUUGGAAGAGGGCAGCCAUCUUGUUUUAAUGUAAGGUCUUGACUCUUAGUGGAACAAGUUACUGUUACGAACCACUGAAACCAUUACUAGUUAGAGUCCAUCAGAAUAUUAGCAUGUUCAUUUUAGCUAGUUAGUCAUUUAGUUAAAGUUUCCUAUUGCUAAAUAAGUUGCCAGAGAACGUUGAAUAUUACUGACGAGUUAUACUAUAGUCUAUGGUACUAGUAUUAACCCGUAUUAUUCCGUUGGAAGGUCAAGAAUUCUUAACAAAUGGGCUCUGUAGAAAAGACUCCCGUUGACUCAGGAUUGUCACAGUUCUCGACGAGGACACACUGGUUCAGACUUAACUCAAACGGCUAGUUUUUAUUACCGGCAAGUAUUUCUUUAAACUGCUUUUUUUUGUUGUUUUGUAUUUUUUUUUACUAUAUUUUUUUAAUAUUUUUGUAUUUUUUUAUACAAGGAAAUGUUCAUAAACAAGCGUUCACUAUCCAGGCUUUAAGAUUUCCUAUAUACAUGAGUGCCAAGCCUCCUUCUUAGGAAAAAUGAGGGAGGAGUCAUAUAAAAAAGAGACCCUUAGAUUGUCCAGCCACUUUGAAUGUCGCCAUAUUUAAUUUAAUUUUUUCUUACCUAUUAUUUUUAUUAGUAUUGGUGGGGAAAUACAUCCAUGUUUGUGACCCAAAGGAGUCGGUGCCCUAUAUGGUUGCCAUUCUGUCGACGAUCUGGCAUCAUCGGGAUGAGAGAUAAUUUCUAUUAUCUCAAUAUGGCUGCCACCACUGUGUAUGGGUUUACCGGCCCGCUUUCCAUUUGACAUCAUAGUAUUCCAGCAGAGGCGAAUCUGCUUCAAUAAUGCACUGUGUUUUGCACUUAAUUUUGAAUAUUUUAUUAUAAAUGUAUGUAUGUUUUCUCCUUGUAUUUUUGGAUGGAUGUAAAAUCAUGACUGGGAUUUUGAAAGUACAUACUGUAAAAUAUACCAUGAAACGUAUGAUUCCAA